AUGAGGACGCUGCAGCCGCUUGCGCCGGCUCAGGCCGCCGGCCCCCCGAAAGGCGUCCCCUGCCUGUCGUCCGCGGAGUUGGCGAUCCUCUCGUCUCUCCUCGUCGGUGUGGCGCCGCCUCACACGCCCGAUGCGCAGCGGUGUUUCGAGGACGACGAGAAGGUUCCGCUGAAGCCCGCGGCCCAACACCGGAAGAGCUCGCCAGACACUCUGCGCCCGGAGAGCGGCCUCAAACUGGAGGUCGCAAGUCUCCCCCUUCAGGGGACGCAGAAGGAGGCGGGGGAGGCCGCGAGACCGAAGACCCCCGAGCUGAGAAACACUCUGGCUGGCGACGGGUGCUCCACGACCAGCUCUUGUGUGGGGCUGAGAAGGGACUCCGACGUGAAGAGUGCUGCGCGAGGGACGGAGGUCUCAGGCACGGACACUGCAAAGAAGCGAGAGAAAAAGAGCGUGCCCGACCUCCAGGAUUUCGAAGAACGCGCAGAUGGGACGCUCCUGGAUUCGCACCUCCAACGCAGAAGUCCGGACGAGAAGACCCGAGGCCAGCCGCGGGACUUGGAGGGCCUCGAUUCGUCUCUCACCGCGGCCGCAGAGACGACUCUCAUGAGGAUAGAGACUGCAGCUGCGGCUCCAUACGGCCGCAAAGCGGGGGGCACCGACUCUGCCUCCAUUGCGGAGAACCUGGAGGCCAGCAGCGCCGUGGCCUCUGAAAGGAGCGCGCCCUGCAAGUCUGGGGAGCAGCAGGCACUCGUGGAUUUGCUGAUGCAAUUCGUGAAGCAGCACCAAGCGGAGACCCCAGGUACAGAUGGACGGCAAGAGACAGCAGAGCGACGCGGGGGUGGUGCCGCCUCCCCGGAGACUGCCGCCGCAAACAGGUCGCUCUCCGCCCUGCAGGCUGCGACCGGCGCAGCUGCGGUGGACAGAAAUAAAGGGGCUGCAGACAUCUUCAGUCUUCUGGCCGCUGCUGCGGAAAACGCGGGGGGGCAGGUGCCAGGCCACCUGAACCUCUUUGGCGCGUUUGGCGGCCCUGACCGCAGAGGAGCGGAGGUCACUGUGUCGCGGGGACUCGGGCGCCUCGAUGAGGGCUUGUUUGACAGCGACGUUGACUCGUGGAAGUCGUCCGCAGGACGAAGCGCACGCGAGUCCAUUGCCGGCGCUCUGGGGUUAGCGCGCAGCAGACGCCUCAGCGGCUCUGAGACAGACAGCGUCCACAGAGAGCGGGAAGGGGCUUACGACUCCAGUCCGCAUGCGCAGAGGCCCGUGCGUAGAGAGGCGGGCGCCGCGCCCGCAGAAAACGCCACAGACACGGCGGCGAGAGGGUUGGAACGAGAUCUCCUCGAUGCGAGUCGGCUUACGGCUGAGGCCGUCGGGUUGGACUUCCACGCGCUGAACGAGCUGCUUUUCAGUUCCGGUGCGCUGGAGGAGCUCGAGCGCAGCGGCGGCUCUCUGGAAGCGCUCUUCAAGGACUUGCCCCCGCAGGGCCCAGCCCUGGGCCUGGGGCCUGGCGCACGGACUGCUGUGGCGGCGGCCUCGUCGGACCGGCUCUCUGGCUGGCAGCACGUUCUUAGCAAAGAGGAGGCCGGGGAAGGAGAGGCCGAGGGCGUUCGACCUCCCCGUACAAGUUACGGACAGCAGCACAUGCAGCCCAGCUCCCAGAUGUACGAGGAGUACCUGGUUCAAAAUGCCAACCUGAGAAGAGCUCGAGGACAUGAAGCGGAAGGCCCUUCCCGUCUAAGCGAGGCCGCCCAGGAAGGGCCCCCGGCGCGGAGCUGGGAUGACGCGUUGUUCGGCGACGCCGAACGGAGCGCUGGCGCCGAUGGGCAGGAGGUAGUCCAGCGAGAGCCCGGGCCCUUCGAGGGGAGAGGGACCGCGAGCUCCCCCGCGUUGGCCAAGGGCGAAGAGGAAGAGCUUCUCAAGCGAAUGUGCAAUCUCGGGCGAGCCAGGACGCAGUCCGGCGCACCCGCGCUGGAGCAGGGGGAGGCCUGGUCUACGUGCGGCAGUGACGCGGCCCAGCUGCAAGAGACCGGCGGGGUGCAAGCAUUCGCCUUGGGAGCGGCCGGCGAAGAGACUUCCAGGGCGGCGAGACACAGAGGGAGAAGUCGGGCUGCAGCGGGCGCGGCGCCGAGUCGCGGCCCCGGCGGCACAGGAUUUCAGGCUCACACCGGAGACGAGACUGGAUCGUGGCGGGCGGACGACGCAGACGACGACGGCUCCCUCGGAGGCUUGGCUUCCUCGAGGCAUGAGAGUGGGAGGGGCGCCGUGCUCGACACCCACUUUCAGGAUUCCUCUGCGGGGUGGCCCUCGCCGGCUUCGUUCCACGAUCUGGAAGCAGAGCGUGAGCGACAGCGCAGUUCGGCGAGGAACGGCGGCAGCACUCGAGGCGGGGGGGAGUCGGCGACUUCUCGAGGCUCACAGGACCGUCGGGACCUGCCGCCCGUCCCCCCAGCUGGGGUUGAGCCAGACGCGCUGGGCGCGGAGGCUGAGGAAGAGGCUGGAUCCAGCGGAAUGAUUAUGGCGGAAGACGAGCCUCUCACGGACCAGCAGGUCGCUCUGCUGAAUCACAUCUACGAGGUUCUGAGCAAGGCCGAGGAGUAUUUCAGCUUCAAGUCUGCGCUGUACCAGCUGCACAUCAAGCGCCACCUGAAGAGCUGCGUGUGUGCGUCGUCGCGCGGUGGCCAUGCUCAUAACAGCACGAAGGCCAUCCGCCUCUUCCCUUUCAUGCCGACGGUGCCUAUCAACGGCGUCGAGCAGCGAGCCCUCCUCAACGUCCGCAAGCGCCUCCAGGCUGGCAGCAGCUCGGUACUGGUUCCAGGUGGACUUGGCCAGCAUGUGAUAGAAGAGCUCGACGAGCUCCUCACAUCUCUUAUCAAUAAGCUGUUGUUGAUCAUUGUCGUCAAGUACCAGACGUGUUUCAUCCACGCUCCCGCGCGAGCUCAGCUUCGAGAGUUUCUGGUCUCCUUCGUCUUCCCUGGUGACGCCGCCACGCAGCUGCUUUUCCGCGACCACGUUCAGGCAGUCGUCCACGCGCGCAUCCGACACUUUAGAGACUCUGUGGGGCGCACGCUGCGGCAGCACCAGCCGAUGAGCCGCGGGCGCCGGGGCCUCGGCGGCAGUGGCUGGGCGGGCGCGGGUGAGGUAGCUUUGGGCCGCGGCGCGUCGGGCGCCUCUGCAGAAUCAGGGUUCGCGGCAAAGAGGGUCGGCAGCCCGGAGAUGCCGGUUCAUGGCCUUCCAGCUCCGGUCGGCGGACGGGCGGGCGGGCGCGUGCAAAGGGACAGGGGCGAGGAGGAGGCGGAAGAGCGAGGGAAGCGAAGAAAAGCAUUCGGCGCCACGGCGGCGGAGUACCUGCGCGCCGCGGCGACAGCCACCCAGACCAACGCUGCGGCGGGGGUCUGUGCGGGUCGUGGCCGCCUCCCCCAGGGUGAACUGGCCGAGGGCUUCCUCCGCCGAGGCCCGGAAGACGCGAAGCAGGAGCCAAGCGACCUGGGAAGCAUGGCAACGGUGGACGACAGCAGCGGAAUGCUCGCCCGCCUGAGGCUCGAGAGCCACUAUGGUCACGAUAUUUCCGAAGGCGCACCUCUGUGGAAGGCAGGCAGACAGGGGAACCGUCACCCCCCCGCCUUGGAGGAAGGCCGGGUGGGAGGCGCGCUCUUGCCGGAUAAUCCCGCAGGGGGACGCAGAGGCUGCCGAACUGGGGAGGGGGAGGGGGGCAGCCGCGCUCUCGACUGGCACUGCGGGCUUCCAGAUGCGUUGGAGAAAGCCAGCCGCGCGACGGACCGAACGACUUCGACAGGCGCUUCGGUUGGCGACUGGGGGAAAUGGCGAGGUGACGUCUCAGACUUAUGCCCGGGGGACAGGCGCAGCUGA